GUCAGACACAAAACGUCCAAAACCAUCCAAUCAAUCACCUCUUCUUCUACAUCACAAACACAAUCUCCUUUCCUUUCCCUCAAAACAAUGGCUUUCUCUGCCUUCUCCCUUCCAAUCUCUCGCAUUUUUCUGAUUCUUGCUGUGGUUCUAACAGUUUCUAUCUUCCAAGUUUCCGGGCAACUGAAUUUUCCUUGCACCCCCUCCAUGCUCACCAGCGUCACCCCAUGUAUGAAUUUCCUUACCAAUAGUAGUUCCAAUGGUACUACCCCAACCGCCGACUGCUGCAACUCUCUCAAGUCCCUUACCAGUGGUGGAAUGGGUUGCCUGUGUCUCAUUGUCACCGGUACCGUCCCAUUCCAGGUUCCUAUCAACCGGACUCUCGCCAUCUCCCUUCCUCGCUCUUGCAACAUGCCCAACGUCCCGGUCCAAUGCAAAGCCAAUAUUGCUCCUGUUCCAGCUCCUGAUCCAAUUUCGCUUUCUCCAGUAGGUUCACCAGCAGCUCCCGUUGUUCCUGAGCCGACCCCAUCAGCUGAGCCUACCCCACCAGCUGAGGCCCCAGUAUCCGAUACAACACCCGUUUUGACCCCUCCCUCAACAGAGGGUUCUGCAGUUCCGACGGCAACAACAGGAAGCCGCCCUACUCUGACCCCGUCGGCUGCCGUGUCCUCUUACAGUCUUUCUCCAUCUCUUCUUCUGGCUGCUGUCGGAUUUGUGGUUCUUAAGUACUACUACUAGGCUGCCGCCGCCGCCACAGCCACGGCCACCCCUUGACUUUCUUUAUGUUAUUUAUCCAUUGGUUUAGAAGUAUUCUUUUGGGUUAUCUUACUAUUGUUUUGGGGUGAUAUGAUUUUUCCCUUCCCUUUAAGAUGUUUUUUUUUUUUUUUUUUAAAUAAAUAAAUAUUGUAUUA